GAGUGUGACCACACCGCUUGUCACAAUCGGCCGCUAUGGCAUCCCAGCCCUUUUUCCUCGUCCCUAAUCUUCAGUGUCCUAUGCUUGAAUUCUCAAUAAGUUCUCCGUGACUAUCUUUGGCUUUUUCUGUCUUAGCUUACGAGCUGCCACGAUUGUCUUGAAUCUCUCAAAAACAGCACUCGACGAAUCAAUCAUGUUGUCCUAUCAUUAAGGUCCACCUGAGCCCUUGCGCAUGCUCGCUUGACAUUUGGACUGUAUUUCCGCAGUCAAGAUUGUCUAUUUGUGAACUCAUAUACCCUCUGAAGGCAUCAUCUGCAGUCUCCCUUCUAGCUCCAUGACACUAGAGCCCGCCUCCUGUAAAGCUUUUAAAACUACUCAGCUCGUAAACAUGGUAUCCCCCCUCCGAUUUCUGACGGUUCGAUGGCCGCUACAGCAGCGAGAACAGCAAGAGCCGCGAGCACAGUUGUGUUUGUCAUACCCACUUCUGAACAGCACACCGAAGUCUCCACUGAUUCGGCUUCCUUCCUUUCUGCUUCUCCCCAAGAUUCCUUCACCAUUCAGACCGCUAUCACCUUGGAGACUGAAGCAGCCCAUGCGAUUGCUUCGAAUUCGUCUGACCGGCGUAAGACGGUUGCUCUCAUCUCCGGAACCUGUGCAGGCGCCGCGCUGCUCGGAUCUCUGGUUGUCAUAUUAAGCAUCUUCUGGUGCAGACGGCAGAAACUGAAGAGACGACUGGAAGAAGUGCAGUCGGAGAAUACAUCCGAGAAGUUCACCACGUUGGUAGAUCCUGAAGCUGUUUCAGUGCCCCCGCCCCACACCUCUCAAUCGCAUCGGAAACAUAGAUGGGUUGUUCGUAACCGGGCUGCAUCUGACACAACACUUUCCUCAUUCUCCUCUCCAACGGUUGUCGAUCCUGUGCUUGAGAUAGCAGAGGUGGCUACCAGCUUCAGCGCUUAUUCGCAGCCCACUGCUUGCGGCACUGCCUAGGUACUUUUAAGUACUGAUUGUAUCACAUCUGCUGAUUUCACAUCGGCCGCGGAGCGGACCGAGGCCCAAACGAGACCGACCCAUGAGAUUUGAUAAACUACGUCAUUGAUCAUCGUGACAUUCCUGACUUGUGACCGGGAAUCGUUUCUCCACCAUCAAAUCGCGGAACCCAAGUGCGGUUGAGAAGCAUCGGAGCCGUUCUCCACAAGAUCUCUCUUUAAAAGCUCGCGACCACUGACCGAAGACAAACACACACACACGCUCGACAUGCCCAAUGAAUCCAAAGCUGGAACAUCGUCUAAGCGGCCAGCCCCCCCUCCCCACUCUUUCUCCUUCUCCCGACGACACGCCUCCUUCGACUCUCCCCGAGAGGUGCCCCUGCCCUCGCCCUCCUUGUCGGCGACAGCUGCCAUGCUUGGAGAGCCCUUUGCGUCGCCCUUCAUAGAAGACGAGUGGGAGCUCGUCAAAGCGGGGCCUACCAAACUUGUCAAGCAGAAGGAUCCGCAGGCGACGUCCAUCUCGCACUCGAGCCAUGGUUCCACACCACCCCCAUCAUUGUCGUCGAAACUGGCCAAGCUCAAGUCGCUUCACUACCACGGGGAGAAGGACAAGGAAAAAGGAAAGGAAAAGGAAAAGGAAAAGGAAGUGGGACCGGUGCAUCCAUACGGUUCGAGACCAUACUCUCUCCCCGAUGCCCAUUCAUUCCAAGGAAAAAAUGGCGCUCCUCCACCCACCCCAGUGGACCGCAUGUCCAGCGCCAGCUUGCCCCUCCCCCUGCAUGUGCCGGUUUCCGCACUGCCUAAAGCGACGCCGGGUUUUCCAUCCCCCGUAUAUGAACGGGGGGCGUCCGAUGCGGCCUUGCGACCCUCGCCAAGCAGCAGCAACAUGGUCCCGGGUCGAAAAACUCCGGGACCCGCUUCUCGGAGCUCGACUCCUUCGACUGGAUCUUCCUCAGCUUCAUCCUCAUCUUCAUCCUCCCCUGCCCCCCAAAUUCCCCCAUACCCCACGCUGCGCGGUCCGGUGCCGAUGCCGCCCCCUGGGUCCCUCAUGCCAACUCAGGGCAGCGGUGCCGCUUACCGACCACCGCGGACAACAUACACGCCGGCCCCUUCGCCGGCCAGCGGUGGUGAAGUGACAGCAAUCAACCGACGGACGCCUAGUCUGCGGAGCGCGUAUCCUCCACUUCAGCCGCCGGUCAUCUUAGAGGGGUUGGAUGAUGACGACGGACGAGCUAAAAGUCCAGCCUCGACUUCUUCGUCCGAGGCUCAUUCUUUCGCGUCAUCGUUUCCCAGCAGUGGCGUCUCGAACGGGCUCGGCAUAGGCACGCGCAAUAGCACAGCGUCGUCUGCAACCGAUCGCAGCAGCAUGAGCUCCCGUUCAAGUGGAGCAUCAUACGAGCCCUUUUUGAGCCACGCUCCUCCCCCUGUGGACAGUUGGAUCGAAGUGGAGACCACUCCAGCAGAUUACAAGCUCGUUGUCAAACUGCCUGGUUUCAAGAGGGACGGAAUCACCCUCGCGACCAAAAAGCGACGCAUCCUACACGUUGUGGCUGACUCAUGGGAAGCAGGUGGCGGCCAUUUUGAGCGCCGAAUCUCUUUCGGUUACGAUGCCGAUCUGUCGCAGGUUCGCGCAGAGUUUGAUGGGGAGUUGUUGCGAGUGAUCAUCCCGAGGCGCAUGCCCCCGGAUAUGCUUCCAGCGGACCGGGCGAGUUUCCCCCAGGGACCCGCGGCGUCCAGCAAGAAUAUGGGGGAGCGAUCGAGUCUGCCCUCGUUGCCGGCGCAGAGCAUUGCCAAACUCGUGGGUGGCUUGCCCCCGCCUCCUGCGUUCCUCGCCGGUGCCCUGCCAUCAGGAGCAACUGACGCCGCAGUCGUGCCCCGGAGAUGACCCCGAACGGUCAAACCGCUUGUUUCGAAGACUUACAUUACACCACUCGCAUAUUCCCGCAUCUUUCGCCACGCAUCCGCACGCCUCCCGCACUGUAUGACCAAGACCCAUGAUACCCAAGAUACUCAUAUUCGAAAAUCAGACUAGCCCUGUCUAAUGCCAUCCUCACACGACCCCUCGAGACACCAGUCUCAAUGUCCCUGCUUCUCUCCGUCGUAUAUUCUACCGCUCAUGGACUUCUCAUGUUUAUUUCUUAGCCUACAGCCUACCAGCCAUCCCUGCUGCUUGUAUUCUUAUAUCUUUUCCCUGCUUUUGCCUUUUAUUUGCUCUCUUUUAUAGUUACAAUUGUCACAACUAAAGCUAUGUACCACGUGUUGUUAUGUAUAUCUUAAGGCUGCAAUAUCCCUGCGAGCGACGAUCGUGGCAUUGCCUUGGAAACCGAUUGCACGCAAAAACAUGACGUAUUCGUCCACGUGGAAAGGCAGCAUGUCCUUCCUUUUUAGGAGUUCCGGUGUAGUAGCGCGGCCUUGUCUCCCCCGCAACGAGAGGGCCGUUGCAAGAUAUGUUCAGCAGGCGGGCUUCGAAGCCUCACUGUGGAAACGCAUGCAUGCUGAUUCGCCAGCGAUAGUUGGAGCAUCGCGGUCGUUGCCGAUUGGAUGAGGCUAAUGUGUGGGCGCUGUGGAGACUUCGAUUGCUAUGUAAGCGUUUGAUGUGUUGUGUGUGUAUGCGUGUCGUGUCAGCUGCCACGAUUCCUUCCUUGCCCGUCGCCAAGAGCUCCACUCUCGCAACUUGCCUGUUUCCAUCUAGGCGCCGGGCGGCAUUGCACACUGCGGGGUAGCCGAGAUCGCUCCACCCACACGCUGUCAAUUGUAUUCGAUCCUCGUUGUCUAAAAUCUGGGAAUCUGGAAUGAGGUGUACGGUUCUCGAGUGGGCUCAAGGUCUGGCAAGCGUCGCCCGGUCAAAACUUGCUGAUGGGGUCCGGUUGUUAUGCGUGACGA